CUAGAGCGAGCAAUAGACUUUAAAACAGGAGUAAUUUGGGUUCUUCAGUUAGUGCAGAAGAAAAAUUCUAUAGUUUACAGGAAGUGGCUUGCCUGGCAGAUUUCAUAGAAAUUCUCAAAGUACAAAACAGGAAAGAAAGAGUGCGACCUGUUAAAAUACUACCACAACCUUAAACCGCAAGAGGGAGAUAACAUUAACGAUCGAAAGAAGAAAAAAACCCACUUCUGUUCCAACUUCUGGUUAGUUAUGAAAACGAUUAGUGAGGUGUAGAGAUCUGUGAUAUCCUUCAUCAAUACUAUCCAAAAGUCUGUGGUUUUGAAAACAGCAUGCAAACUGGAUUUCUUCUGUUACAUUUCCUCCUGCCAACUAUCUCAAAGAGCUGCUUUUCGGGAAAACAACAGAGGAAACAUACAGAUCAGCAGUUUCAGCACUACAAAGUUGUGGAAGGAGAAGUUUUUAUGAUGCCAUGCAGUUCACCUGAGAGCUCCUCUACAACAUGGUUCAAGGGUGAUGAAAGUAAAAAAUGCGAAAAUCAGUUUGUUGCUAAUGAGAAAGACAGUGGAACAUAUAGAAGACCCAAUGGAUCAAACUUCACACUGCAGGUCAUCAAGAAAACAAAGUUAAAAUGCUAUGAGCCCAGUGAAAGCAGCGCGAUGUUACAGUAUGCAUAUCCUGGUACCAUCCUCUGCCCUGGACAUAAAUGUUAUAAUAACACAGCUGUGGUUUGGUACAAGAAAAAUAAAGCCUUGUGGAAGCACAAUAGACAACACUGUGAAAAAAAUGGGCAGCUAGUCCUCAACGAGGUCUACGAACGGGACAAAGGUGUGUUUUUUUGUGACAGACAAAUAACCGAGGAAGGAGUCACGUGGAUUUUUAGGAGAGCCGUAAACGUCACAGUCAUACCAUUUCUCAACGCAAGCUCUCUUCCUGAGAUAAUGUAUCCGUUUCAAAACAUGACAGAGGAGGUUGAGCUUGGUCAGCCUCAUACUGUACUGUGUGAGGUAAGCUUUGAUUUUGAGGUCAACAUUUCUCGAAAAGUGCAAUGGUUCAUAAAUGAUGGCGGUGAUGAGGAGAAAAAGACACUGCUACUCAUGGAGGAACCCCAGGAAAAGCGUGGAAGACUUUUUUCAAAGGUCAACGUUACCCAGAAAUCUAUCAUAAAAGAAGUGACGCCGCAGCACCUGAAGCACACGUACACCUGCUUUGCCAGCAACAUCAUUGGCAGCAAAAGUGUCACCAUUAAAUUUAAACCAAAACAUCAAGAGCCAUUCCUGGUAUGGAUUCCCUUUGCCUGUUUUGUGCUGUUUGCUGGGGCAGUGGUCAUCUUGCAUGUGAAGUGGCUAGAAUUACAGCUCAUCUACAGAUCCCACUUCCAGCUUGGAGGCUCUGAUGGAGAUGAGAAGGAUUUUGAUGUAUUUGUGUCAUAUGUGUGGACGGCUCCAUCAACAGAGGUGGCAAAUGGUUUAACCCUAUCUUCCAAACCUUACAGUGAUGCAAAAGGAUGUGUAUCUAACAUCAUGCAGAGCAGUGAGGCACCGAUAGAAAUGCUGCUACCACAUGUGUUAGAGCACCAGUGGGGGUACCGUGUCUGUCUGCUGGAGAGGGACAUCCUUCCAGGAGGAGCUUAUACAAACGAUGUGGUUCUCACCAUAAAGAGAAGUCAGAUGCUUAUCUGUGUUCUAUCAGCUGAAUAUUUCGCCAGCAGUGAUGCUGUGUUUGUCCUGGAAUCAGGAGUUAAGGCUUUGCUACAAACGUCUGCCCACAAGAUGUUGUUAAUAUGGACCAGUGGAACUUCUGCGUCAUUUAUCCAGCCAGAUUUAACAGUGCCCAAACUAGUGCAAAGAGCCGUGAAGGUACUUCCCAGUCUGCAGUGGAACGCAGGAGCAUCAUACAGUGCCUUCUGGAUCCCUUUGCAGAAAGCCUUACCAGCUCGGGAAGCGUGGCAGAUCUCACACAUGCAGCGGCCUCAGUUAGACUGAGAUAUGAGGAUCAUUUACCAGCAAGAACUCCACAUAUAUUAGACCUUAAACUUAGACAAUCAGACUUUCCAAAAAGCAUUGGAUCUAAGGAAAUGUGUAAAGAUUUCCAUGGCAACAGACAUUUAAACUCAACGGGUUUUAAUUUCACUCUUGAAAAAAAUGGGUCCUUUAAAAUGAGUAGCUUCUUUUUCCAUUUUAAACAUUUGGAUAAACUCUGCUGUUUAA